AUGUCCUCUCAUUCCACUACUGUUCCAGUCUCUCCUGAAGACACAGUCUGGCUCCUUGACACCACCGCGUUCCCUACUCCAGCUGACGACAACGGCAAGGACCAGACACCGUUAGCAUUCGACCGCGAUGCCACCAACGCAACAUGGACCGCCGAGUUCGUCGCCUGUUUAUUCGCUCAAGACAAAUUCCGAACGAAGGCAGGAAAAUGGAUAGCUCAAAUCGCACAAGAGCUUAACCUCGCUCCAGAUGACGAAGCUGCACGACGUACUAUCGAGACACGCGUUCAGCCCUUCCUUGCCGACAUCCUUCCCUCGAAGCAGUUGUCAGUAAGGAUCAAUGGGGAUGAACAACGGGACGAGAGAACAGGAGAGGUCUUAAAGUUGGAGAGAAGUGACAGGAACGGUAUCAGUAGUUCGAGGAGGAGCUUCAAUAGACCGGUGGCAGUGGGAGAGCCUGGAGCGAAGUUGAAGUGCGUUGCGAUCACCGAGCCGGGGGAUACGAGAGACAUAGAGAUGGACGUGUUCUGUGCGAGUGCGGGAGGAUGGGGUAUCAUAUCAGAUAUCGACGACACCAUCAAAGUCUCGCAAGUCCGCGACCGAGCCGCCCUGCUUCGCAAUACCUUCGUCAACUCCCCUGAACCCACCCCAGGUUUCCCCGAAUUUUAUCAAACCCUCCAGGCCCGUCUUAACUCACCUACCUACCUCUACCUCUCCGCAUCGCCUUACAAUCUUUACCCAUUCCUUCGGUCCUUCGUACGCAAAAACUACCCACAUGGUCAAAUUAUUCUACGUGACAUGAGCUGGAUGGAUCUUUCCAGUUUCGUUGUCAAUUUAUCCGAAGGCACUCAGGACUAUAAAGUCGAUAGGAUGAAGAAAGUGCACGGGUGGCUACCGAGGAAGAGAUGGGUUGCAAUUGGGGAUAGUACGCAGACGGAUCCGGAGUCGUACGCCGAAAUAUAUAAGACGUACCCCGGGUGGAUUCAGAGGAUAUGGAUCCGGACAGUGAGAGGCGUUGACCCCGAGAAGGAAAAGCAUCUGAACAGCGCGAAACGACUCGAGAAGGCGUUUGCAGGGGUACCUAAAGAGGCUUGGAAAACUUUUGAUGAUGUAGAAGAGUUAUAUGCAGAGCUAAAUAAGAUCGAAGUAUGA